UGCACAUUUUGUUAUUUCUUCGAAUGCUACAUUCCAACGCCAUGUGUUCAGACAAGUUUCUCAGCAGGAGAGGGAAACUGUAGCUCAAAUGGUAACUAAACUUAGAAAGGCAGCUCAAGGGUGCAAUUAUGGUGCUGAUGAGGAUAAUCAGAUCAGAGAUCAAGUCGUACAGAAUUGCAGAAGCAAUAAUUUACGUCGUAAACUGUUGGAGAAGGGGCAAACUCUUACUUUAGCAGAGACUUUGGUCAUCGCCAAGUCGUUUGAGGCGGUUGAAGCACAGUUUCAGUCCAUGAAGCUAGAUGGAAGGUCUAGCGGAGGCCAAGUGAACCAGCUCACUACCAGCUCAGGGAAGACGUCACGUGGCAAGUCCAGUCGUAAUGCUGAGAGUGGACAUGAGUGCUAUCGAUGUGGAAAUCUAGGACAUUUUGGAAGCGACGCUUCGUGUCCAGCUAAAGGCAAGACAUGUAGAUCAUGUGGAGGUCAUGAUCAUUUUGCAAAGAAAUGUAAAUCAAAGAGCAAAAAGAAAUCCAAGUGGGGUAGUGAGAAGAAAGACAAGGAAAGAUCUGGUACUAGUUCAGGAUAUAAGUCAAAGAAAGGUCGUGGUCGAGUACGUCAUGUUGAAGGUAACUCUUCGAGUGAUGAUGAGGCUGUUGCUGAGUGUGACUGCAAACACAAAGUCAGAAAUGAAAAAAACUACCAAUUUGCUGUGUAUGGUAUAACUAGUCAGCACGAGAAAGUUGAUUUGAUAAUUGGUGGUGUGACAGUUCCUGUUAUAGUUGACAGUGGAAGUGACAGUAACGUCAUUGACAAAUUGUUGUGGGAGAAACUCAAAUCAAAGAGAAUUGUGUGCACGUCGAGGAGAUGCAGCAGAAAGUUAUAUCCCUAUGCUUCCAAAGUACCUCUGCACACCAUAGGCUGUUUUACCACGUUAGUAGAAGUUGGCGGCAGGAAAGUUGAAGCAGAGUUUACUGUCAUCGAAGAAGAGGGAGAGCCGUUACUUUCGAAAAGUACUGCGAAAGAACUUGGAAUUCUUCAAAUUGGGGUGCAGUCUGCUCAAGUUAACUCGGUAAUGCAGUCAUAUGAAGACCUCAAGAGUGAAUUUGAUGGUGUGUUCCAUGGGGUUGGAAAGCUGAAGGGACGCCAAGUCAGACUGGCUGUAAAUGAGACUGUCAAGCCAAUUGCCCAACCUGUGCGCAGAACACCAUUUGGCCUAAGGGAAAAAGUAGAAACCAAAAUCAAAGAACUCAUGGAGCUUGAUAUCAUUGAACCAGUCGAGCACUCUACUGCAUGGGUGAGCCCUGUAGUCAUUGUGCCGAAACCCAAUGAUGACAUCAGAUCGUGCAUAGACAUGCGGCGAGUCAAUGAGGCUAUACAACGGGAAAGACAUCCUAUUCCCACGGUGGAAGAAGUGUUGCAAGAACUAACUGCAAGCAAAAUCUUCUCAAAGAUUGACUUGAAAUGGGGAUAUCAUCAAUUGGAGUUAGAUGCAAACUCACGGGAUGUUACAACGUUUGUGACCCACUGUGGACUGUACCGAUAUAAAAGACUGUUAUUCGGUAUCAAUGCGGCUCCGGAGAUAUACCAGUACGAAAUACACCGUGUCAUCCAGGGGAUACCAGGUGUAGCUAACAUCUCGGACGACAUCAUCGUCCACGCCAGAUCUCGUGAAGAGCAUGACGUGAGGCUUAGAGCAGUCUUAGCUAAGCUUGGAGAGGCAGGACUAACGGUAAAUGCCCAGAAGUGCAAGUUCGGAGUAACAGAGUUGGAUUUCAUGGGACAUAGGCUUACCAGUGAAGGUCUGAAUCCAGCCAAGGCCAAGGUGGAAGCUGUUGCAAAUGCUAGAGAGCCACAGAAUGAAACUGAGAUGAGGAGUUUCCUGGGACUUGUGAACUAUUGUGCAAAGUUAAUUCCAAACUUUGCUACUCUCUCUGAUCCUUUGAGGAAGUUGACCAGGAAAGAUGUACCUUUCGAAUUUGGCCCUGAGCAGCGAAAGGCAUUCAAUGCUCUGACGGAUGCCCUUGUUAGUGCGGAGACUUUAGGAUACUAUGAUCCCAAGGCACAGACGAAAGUGAUUGCUGAUGCAAGUCCAGUUGGUCUGGGGGCUGUUCUAGUGCAGAUUCACGCUGAAGGACCAAGGAUCAUCGCUUAUGCCAGUAAAGCGUUGACGGAUGUGGAGAGAAGGUACUCACAAACAGAAAAAGAGGCCCUAGGACUGGUAUGGGCAUGUGAGAGAUUCCACCCUUACUUGUUUGGUAUUGAAUUCCAGCUGGUAACGGAUCACAAACCGUUAGAAGUCAUAUACUCACCAAGGUCAAAGCCGUGUGCACGCAUUGAGCGCUGGGUGUUGCGGUUGCAACAAUACAAGUAUAAGGUGAUGCACGUACCAGGGAAGAUGAACAUAGCAGACUCUUUGUCAAGACUAUUAUCUGGAGAUAGUAGCUCAUCAAAGCUGGAGACAGAAGCUGAGAGUUUUGUGCGAUUCAUCGCUAUGCAGUCUACUCCAGGGGCAGUGACCACUCGAGAGGUAGAAAGAGAAUCUGAGCAUGACCAAGAACUCAGAGAAAUCAGAAACUGUAUCCAGAGUGGACUUUGGGAUCAGUGCUCACACAAAUCUUAUGUACCAAUCAAAGAUGAGCUUUGUGUGGUUGGGCAGUGCGUGUUGAGAGGAAGCAGACUAGUGAUUCCAAGUACACUGCGGCCACGAAUAGUGUCUCUAGCUCAUGAAGGACACUUAGGAAUUGUUGGUACAAAGCAAAAUUUGAGAACCAAGGUGUGGUGGCCCGGAUGCGAGAAGGAGGCGGAAAAGUUUGUGAAAACUUGCCAUGGAUGCCAGAUCACAAGCAGAGGCAACCCGCCAGAGCCAAUAAGAACUACCCAGUUGCCUACAGGACCUUGGGUAGAUGUUGCUGUAGACUUUUUAGGACCGCUACCAUCUGGGGAAUCUAUUCUUGUAAUCAUUGAUUACUAUAGUAGAUAUUAUGAGUAUGUAAUAAUGAGAUCCACCACUUCAGACAAGACUGUGGCAGCCCUGAUGGAAGUAUUCGCGAGGCAUGGCUUGCCACAAACGCUUCACUCAGACAAUGGACCGCAAUUCGUUUCGCAAGUCUUUGCAGACUAUAUGAGAGCGACUGGUGUACACCACCAUAGGGUUACACCUAAGUGGCCUCAAGCGAACGGUGAGGUGGAGAGACAGAACCAAUCCCUAGAGAAGAGAAUGAGAAUUGCUCACUCAGAAGGCAAGAACUGGAAGGAGGCCCUGUUGGUGUAUGUUGCAGCCUACAGAGCUACUCCACACAGUACAACUGGUAAGAGCCCAGCUGAGCUACUCUUCGGGCGGAAGAUUAGGACGAAGCUUCCAGUAGCAAGCGAAUCUCUUAAUGACCAGGAACUGAGAGAUCGUGAUGCUGAGAUGAAAGGCAAAAUGAAACUUUAUGCAGAUGCCAGGAGAGGUGCUAAACAUUCAGAUGUUGUGCCAGGAGACGAAGUUCUUGUACGGAGAGAGGUUGCUAGCAAAAUGGACACUCCUUUCAUACCACAACCAUACACAGUGGUAUCCAGACAAGGCAACAUGGUGACUGUUCGCUCUCCAGAAGGGGUGAUGUAUGACAGAAAUACAUCACAUGUGAAAAGGUAUAAUCAUCAGAGGGCUGAGACUGGACUAUCACAGCCUAACGUUGAUCUUGAUGUUCAGUUGACAGCAGAGAGUGGUGUUGACACCAUUGAUCGACACCAAGAUGAAGGAACUGACCAUCCGACGGAAGUAUCAUCAUCCAACCAGCCAUUAGAUCUCGCGUCGAGCAGACCAAAGAGGCAUCGACAAAAGCCCAAGCGAUUGUCGGACUAUGUGCUGGAAUGAAUCGGAUAAAUCUUUGGAAACAAUUAUCCAGUGGAAGUGAUGCGAAGUUUCAUUCAUUUAAGUUAUCAGUGUUACACAUAUUUCACAAAGUAAUAUCUUUAGCAAAGAUAUAUUGGGUGUAUGCCUGUACGCUGCCCAAUAUAAGAAAUUUUGGGUGUAUGCCUGUACGCUGCCCAAUAUAAGAAAGUUUUGGGUGUACGCCUGUACGCUGCCCUUGAUUGAUUUUGUUCAUGUCAAUAUUUAAUUGCAAAAAAAGAGGAAAGUGUCAACUAAGUGAUUAUCAGCUGAGUUAUCAUUAACAGUUGUCUACUCUUGCAGAUGAUUGUGAUUUAGAGACUAGGACAGUAAGGUGUUGCAGUUCAAGUUAGCGCCUAUUUAUCAGCUGAGAAGGAACAUUAAAAUGAGAACGCUUUAACCAAGAAUACUGGACUGAGGAGAGAAUAUUUAAUGGACGUGAAUGCUAAAUGAUUGUAAGAACUUGAGUUAUGAAGAAGACUUUAUACAUUAUUCAACAGAGAGAUGAAUAUUUUGAACUCAAGUUAAAGAAGACUUUAUACAUCAUUCAAUGAAGGGAUGAAUAUUUUGAACUCAAAGAAAGACUUUAUACUCAUACAGUUUAUAUAGUUUAUUCAAACAUUCGUACACUUUAUACUCAUACAGUUUAUAUAGUUCAGUCAAACAUUCGCACGAAAUCAGUUGAUCAUACUCUGAUCAUACGUUGCAUAUUUUGUCAAAUUGGUUUAAAUUUAAUCGUUAUGGGCUUGAGGAAUUUACCAUUCCUGAAAUUGGUUUUUGUGAAAAAAGGCAUUUACAUCAAUUUGAAAUCACAUCUUGGAAAAAAAAAAAAGAAAAAAAAGAAUCUUGGAACAAAAAUGUAGCAUUGAUAGAUAUGCAAGUUAAUAUGCAGAGUAUGGCCAACGAGAAAAUAAGAAAAUAGAUGAUUUGUACAUGUAUAUAUGCAUCUCAACAAUCAUACAAGGAAUUAUAAGGUUUCAUUUCACGCUCCGCUCCAAGGGAAGAGUGUGAUACUUGUUGGUUUUAGCAAUUUUGUCUUUUGGUCAAAUUGCCAAAUUCAUAUGAACAUGCACUGCAUGCACAGUUACAAAACAGAUGCAAAUUGUUGGAAUUUUUACCAAAAACUAUUGACUGGAAUUACAUGUUCUUGAAGGUUUAUGCUAUGUAAGUAGGAUUGUGUUAGCAUUUUACUGUUAAAAUUAUUACUGAAGCAUUUAGUAUCAGUGUUAGAUGUUAGUGUUAAAACAAAAAAAAAAACAAAAAAAAAAACAGGCAGAGAUUUUGAAUAUUAUGGAUCAUGUAGUACAUUACUCAAAGAUAAACACACAGUGACAAAGGAAUUUCUGUGAAGGCAAUAGGAAUUUAUUAACUGAAGUGGAAAGGGAAAAUCUUAUCGUGGAUAAAGUUUAUUUCUGGUGGAAAAGGGAUGUCAUGAAUAAUAUGCAAAUGAACUGGUUGACCCCGAGGUCAAUUCGCAUGUGCGCGAUGUAAGCGAUGCAGAGUUAUAAGUAUGGAGAAUAAACCAGCAAUGCUUGUA